GCAAUGGCAGGGCGAUAUCAAUCAUGUUGGCCAAUGAGGGCUGCAAUGUCAUAUGCCUUGAUAUGGAUUUAGAAUGGGCAACAAAGACGGCCGAUAUGGCCAACCAAAGCUCAGCUUCCAAAAAGGCGAUACCGGCACAAGGAAAUGUCACAGAUGCAGACGAUUGUGAGAAGGCUGUUGCCCUGGCAUUGGAAGAAUUCGGUCGCUUGGAUAUUCUUGUCAAUAAUGUCGGCAUAGCAGGCGCUUCGGGGACAGCCAUUGACGUGGAUAUGGCCAAGUGGACGAUGGGUCUCGAGGUCAAUGUUUCAAGCAUGGUUUUGAUGGCAAAGUAUGCUAUACCAGCAAUGACCAAGAACGAUGGUGAGAUCAAAGGAUCUAUCGUCAAUAUGGGGAGUGUAGCCGGCUUGAAGGGCGGUACACCUCAUUUGCUCUAUCCAACCGCCAAAGGAGCAGUGGUCAAUAUGACCAGAGCGAUGGCCGCUCACCACGCCAAAGACGGUAUCAGAGUGAACUGUGUCUGUCCUGGAAUGCUUUAUACCCCGAUGAUGUAUGCUAAGGGCAUGUCAGAAGAGGCCAGGGAAGCGAGGAAGGCGAGGAGUCUACUUGGGACUGAAGGUACAGCAUGGGAUGCUGCUUGUGCUGUCGUGUUUCUGGCGAGUAACCAUGCAAGAUGGAUCACGGGAGCUAUUCUACCAGUUGAUGCUGGAACAACUGCUGCCGUUGGAACUAGCUUGCCUGCUGGCGCAAGCGUUAAUGGUUGAGAUAGAUUACCACAUACCUAC